AUAACAGGUAUAAUUCUGUAUAAAGGAGCAGUCGUUAACAAGAUUCAGACACAGACACAUCUCCCACUGACAGGAUGAAGAUACUCAUUGUUCUCAGUGUCCUGCUCACUGUCUCCAGCGCCAAAGUCCUUUCACGAUGUGAACUUGCUCGCAUUGUAAAGAAUUCCAUCCUGGCUGAAUUCCCCAAAUACAGUGUGGCUGACUGGGUGUGCAUGGCCCACUACGAGAGUCGAUACAACACACUUGCAAAAUACUAUGAGAGAGGAAGUAAUGGAGAAAUCCAGUCAGGAGACUAUGGGAUCUUUCAGAUCAGCAGUAAUUGGUGGUGCUCAGAUGUAAUGUUUCCAAAUGGUCCCAAUAGCUGUAACAUGAACUGUAACAUUUUCCUCCACAAUGAUGCAAACAUAGAAGCUGACAUCAAUUGUGCAGCAAUAAUAGCGAAUCAACAAGGAAUGGAGGCCUGGAAAGGGUGGGCUGCGAACUGCAAGGGGAAAUGGAUCGAUUAUUACACAUAUUUUUGCUUCUGGUAAAAGGAGGAAGAAAUCCAGCCAAACAAAACCAGUCACUGCUGAUAUAUCAAAGCAUGGAGCACCUUCUGCCGUUAAAUGUGCAUUACUGAGAUCACAAGAAUAAGGGAAGGCCCAGUUCUCAGUCACAACUCAUUAAAACGAAAUGCAAACAAA